AAAAAAUCAGUCAAUAUCGUCGCUAGCAAAAUCCCACUCUCUCUCUCUCUUUCACUCUCAGGGCACUCACUUGGCCACCCAAAGGGCAGAUGCAGAGUAGAUCACAUGAAGGAGAGGGCAGAGUUUCAAUCACUCGCCGAUUUCCCAGCCCUAAUUGCAAAUUGAUUCCUGCAACAGGGAUUUUGCUCGCCGACGAACACUAUUCUGCUGCUUCGCUACAUUAGACUGAUGGUCGAUUCUUAAACAGGGCGGAUCGUAUUACUUGGUAUAGAAAUCGUCAGGAUGAUUGUUUCGUAUCCUCAGUUUUCUACUGCUUGGUAGUGAUCUUGUCUAAUUUUCAUUGAGUGCUCGGGGGAAUCAUGCCUGAAUUGGCUGAUUAUUGGACUUAUUGAAGUAGAAUGGCUAUAAUCCAAGAGUAGAACAAGCUUGUUUAAAUCUAUGUACUCCACGACUGAGAAUAUGGGAAAGGAAAAUUUGCUGCAGAGAGUAGUAGAUGACAACACUGAAGUGAAUGGUUGUUCAACUGCCGAGAACGAAGAUCUCGGUUGUCAGUCUCGCCAUAGUGUAGGCAAGGAAUCUGGGGCAAGUUGUCGUGUAUGUCAAUGUAGCGAAUCUGACAGGAGAGGUGAUGCUGUUUUAGGAUUUCUAGGCAUCACUCCUCCAAUAAUGGAAGAAAGAAAAAGUGAUCGGGAUUCUACAUCCGAGAAGCAAAGUCUAAAACAUGUUGAUGGUUGUUCUAUGCUGAAAAAAACCGUUAAAGGGGAUUCUGGUUCGAUUAAGUUCAUAGGCCCUAAUGGGGAGGUUUUCAUUUGUAAAGCUGAUAUUGAAAUGGGUUCAUGUCAUCUUGAAGAUGCAUUAGUGGAGCUUGGGUGUUCUUGCAAGAGUGACCUUGCUCUUGUACACUAUGCAUGUGCUCUCAAGUGGUUUGUCAGCCAUGGAUCAACAGUUUGUGAAAUUUGUGGAUGUAUUGCAGAAAAUAUUAGAACUGAUGACUUUAGAAAGGUUGUGAGUUCUUUAAAAGAAUAUGAAGCUUUAAGGGAAAGAACUGCUCGUGGGGAACCGAAUCCUAUGCAGACAAUUGCUAGUACCGAUAUAGAUCCCGAUGCUGUUGCUGCUGUCCGCAGGCAGCGGCUUAGUGAAAUUGCAUUGUGGUUUAGUCCUCAUAGUUAUAUUAGCAACAAUAACUCUAGUGCAGCCUCCCAGGUUGUUUCUGAACAUUUGAAUACCAUCUCAGAAAAUGUCGUUCGUGCUGAAAAUCCUGCAACCAGGUGGGCUGUUGAGGGUACUGGAAUUCUCCUUGCUACAGGCCUGCUCACCGUUACGCUCGCUUGCCUAAUAGCUCCUCGGGUGGGGAAGAAAACUGCAAAAAGUGGCCUUCAUAUUCUUCUCGGAGGAGUUUGUGCGUUAACAGUAGUGGUUUUCUUCCGCUUUUUUGUGCUUACCAGAAUAAAAUAUGGACCUGCACGAUACUGGGCCAUUUUGUUCGUCUUUUGGUUCCUAGUGUUCGGCAUUUGGGCGUCGAGGACACACAGUGCCCAUACGACGUAACCGAGUAUGUUAUGUACAUUCUAUUUGGCUGUUUUUUGUUCUCCACUUCAAGGCGAUAUAGAAGAGUUUGAUACCUUCUUUGAGGUACUAAUAUCAUGAUAUAUAUAUAUAUAUAUAUAUAUAUAUAUAUUCCUGCAGGGUUUUGAUUUUAUGUUGUAUUUUAGGUUGUACUGAGUGUAAAGUUCACAUUGAGAAAGGUAUACAAGUAUCCAACAGGAUACAAAGUAUACCCUUCAGCUGUAUUCCCUUGACAUCAGAGCUGAGUAUUUUUUUUCUUUUAUUUCUUAGAAGGAUCUUCGAUUCUUUUAAAAUUUUGUUAAAUUUCUCUCA